AUGAUGACCAAGCCAAGUAACAAGAAGCCGAUCAAGACGGACAAAAAGGUAGCCGCAGUCCCUGUGACGGCUGAGAAGGCCCCAAAACUUAUAAUUGUGACGGAAGAAGACGAUGAAUUUGAGGAAUUUGAAGAUGCAGAUUGGAAUGGACAAGCGGAAGAGAAGGACGCGCAUAUUAAGCAACAAUGGCAAGACGAUUGGGACGUGGAUGAGGCUGAUGACGAGUUUUGCAACCAAUUGAGAAAGGAGUUACAGAAGAACAAGUAA